GUGCUGCAGUCAGUGCUCUGAGACGCUCCGUGUUUAUCGGUGAAGCAAUAAGAAAAAGUUAAAAAUUACCACAAGCUUUAAGAACCAAGACUCUCAUGCAGCCUUGUUUACAUGAUGGAUGGCUAUGUUAUAUCAUCUAAACAACAGCUAAUAUUUCCCCCUCCAAAGGCUUCAGAGGAAGUUAUUCCAAAUGAGGCAGAGAAUUAUCGACCGGCUGUGGAGCUGUACCCCUACCUCAGCGGUGUGGGGGAAAUUUGUGACGACCGUAGAUGGACCUUUCAAUCUGAGCGGGUACAGGCGUCAGACUUUGAGAACUCCCCCCUGAAUCCCCUCACGGAGCUUCAGGCUGUGUCUCCGCCACAACUGAUACAACCCUACCGCUACACCAGUGAGUCACUGUACCUCCAACUGGACCCUCCACUUGCUCCUCUCUCUGCAUCACCACAAAUCCCAUAUUACACCUCAUCCCUGUGCUACCAGUACCCACCUUCGGCCUCACCUGGACAGUACUACUCAGAAGAAGACCAGAGAGGAAUCAGUCCCCCGCUUGAGGUAUCAGAGGGUGAGGAUGAAUAUGAAGAGCAUCCUUCAGGAGCUUCCUUCAGGAGAGACACUAACAACAAGAAGAAAAUCCGUCUGUACCAGUUCCUCCUGGACAUGCUAAGAAACGGUGACAUGAGUGACAGUAUCUGGUGGGUGGACCAGGACAAGGGCAUCUUCCAGUUCUCCACCAAACACAAGGAAGCACUGGCGAGCCACUGGGGUAUUCAGAAAGGAAACCGCAAAAAAAUGACCUACCAGAAAAUGGCUCGAGCUCUGAGAAACUAUGGUAAAACUGGAGAGAUUAAAAAAGUGAAGAAGAAGCUAACCUACCAGUUCAGUGAGGAAGUGUUGAGGAACUUGUAUUUACGUCAGUAUCCUCAAUGAUGAGGGAACAAACGCUGUCUCUAAUCAUGCUGAAAUCACAAAACAACCCAAAUUUGUGCGUCGCCUGUUCAUUUGUUUUUCAACCAUGUUUCCUUUCUUAUUAUUUAUUUGUAAUCGGUGACAUUUGCUAACUUCUAUAUAAACUGCUUCACUUUAAACUCAAAUUAUGUGUAUUUGUGUAUAAGAACAAAGGAUGAGUAAAGAUCAGGGUCAGCUUAAAAGAAAUGUUUUGUUUUGUUUUUUCCGUUUGAUAUUGUAAUUUUCUGAAUGCGUGUAAAUAAAUAUAUACUUUUUGUCAGAUUACUCAGAUGAACUGGUUCCAAUGUUAAGCAAGCACAAAAUAUGUUCUACCCCUCAAAUUAACAUUGCUACUUAGCUUUGUUAAAAAGGAAGGACUGAGUAGGCUAGUAAAUUAAAUACAAUUCAGUGCAAUUCAGGCAAAGACUAAAUACAGCAGUUGCUAAGAAAUGACCUGCGAGCAAAUUACAAAGGUGUGUGUUGUGAGUCUGUACCUAUGGAACAACAGUCUGGCAUCGGCUGAAUCACAAAACCUGCUGGGCUCAAUGGAGGUCUUGGAAAAGGUCUUGAGCUGCCCCUCAUUUAUGUUCUCUCACUUACGUUGGUAGGUUCAUGUCCACUAUAAUGGAAACAAGACUGAAGGAGAAAAAAAAUGUUGUGAAAUAUUUUCAUUGACUUGCUUGGUUGAGUGCAUUUCUUACAGCCUUCCUUAAAUGCUUCCAGUGCUCUUGCCAUGUUGUAGAAGAAAUC